UUGGUGGUCGGUUCCAGAGAUAAUCUUACACUACUUUCUAUCACUAUUUUAUUGUUUCCCUGCAGCUCCUUAUCUCUGUAUAUAACUGAUAAAACCCUACGUCUCCUGCACUUCCUCUCUCUCUAUCUCUGUCUUCCCCCAUACCUCUAUUUCCUCUCUCUCUUCUCUUGGGGUGCACAAAAGGGAGUGGGAGAAACCAUGGAUGUUGACAUGCUAAAGUCAUCCACAGGGGAUCACAUGGAGGUGAUGACAAUGAUGAUGCAAAUGGAAGAAAGGCUUCCCGAGUUCUGUGACUCUUUCUAUAAUGCUUCCACGUACCCAUCUGGAAUCGAAUUCUCCAGUGGAAGCACCAGCUGCAGCAUUGCCACCAUACCACCCGUAUUCCACAGCGCCCCAAUUAAUAAUUUAGCUCCACCCACGCUGAUAAAUAUUCAACCUUCCUCCCUACCAUUCAUUGGGAAUCCCAAUAUCGAUCAAGAGCCCUUGAAUACACCACCUCUUCAAGCCCAUGUUGUGUCAGAGAGAUUCAGGAAUGCUUCCGUUGAUGCAUUAUCGCUCAGGAAUUCAAGUGAGAAGAAGAACUCGUCCAUGGCAGCAAUGAGAGAGAUGAUUUUUCGGAUAGCAGCGAUGCAACCGAUUCAUAUAGACCCAGAAUCGGUGAAGCCGCCUAAGCGCAGGAACGUGAAGAUCUCUAAAGAUCCACAGAGCGUGGCAGCGAGGCACAGGAGGGAACGGAUAAGCGAGAGGAUAAGGAUUCUGCAGAGACUAGUUCCAGGAGGGACGAAAAUGGAUACGGCUUCCAUGUUAGAUGAAGCUAUACAUUACGUGAAGUUCUUGAAGAAACAAGUGCAAACUUUGGAACAAGCCGGGGCGAACAGGACACUGCAGGGUGGUGGUUUCCCAGGAAUGAUCACGAGUAGUGUGAGCAAUGCGAAUUACUCUAGUUUGGUGAAAGCUUGCCAGCCUGCUCAAAUGGUGCUGGGUCCCAUGGGCUUGUAAAGGAAAUACUGUUCAGUUCUUCCUAGCUACUAUUAUUCGUACGUAUUAGUGUAUCAAAGAGCAAGUUCUCUUUUCAUUAAUGUAUGGUAAGUUGUUGAUCAAUCAAUCUCGCAGCCUUUA